AAUUUUCUAGAAAAUGUCGGUCGAAUUCGAAUGAACUAGAAUUUACAUUACAAAUUUUAUUACAUAUUCUUCGGUUCUGGUUGCUUCUGACAAUCAACUCUAGGUUUACUAUUACUAAACAUAACCUAACUUUUAAGUGGUAUCAUUAUUCUUGCAUUUAUUUCGGUGAUUCCCAGAAAUACGUCUACUGUGAUAAAAUUAUUGUUUUGUGGAUAAACUAAGCAUUAUAAAUUGUAUCCACUAUGUCUGAAGUGAAAAUAAAGGAGUUGCGCAGUGAUAUCGAUGAGUUAAAUGAAUUGCUAAAACUGUCAAAAAGGAAAAAAAUCCAAGAUAUCUUGUCGCUUGAAAUCCGCAAAUUAGAGACCGAAUGGAUCAACUUGAAAGAAACUGAAAAUGCUUCCACCCCUAUGGAUACCACACUUGCGCCAACGACAUCGACAUCGGCGCAAAAAAAAUAUCAGAUCAAAUUAAAUGGCUAUGGUUGGGACCAAUCAGAUAAAUAUAUACAAGUGUUUGUUACAUUGAAGAAUGUCCACACAGUGCCAAAAGAUCAAGUAUAUUGCAAACUCACUGAUAGAUCAAUGGAAUUACAUAUUGAUAAUUUGGAUAACAAAGAUUAUUUGCUUGUGAUCAACAAACUUCUUGAACCUAUCAAUAUUGCAGAAAGUCAUUGGAAACAAAAGACCGAUAGAGUAGUUAUAUUCCUGGCUAAAUCACGUCCAAAUGUUAAAUGGUCACAUAUGACUGAAAUUGAGAAGAAAUUUGAAGACCAACGCAAUAACCGUUUCAAGACUGAUGAUUCAGAAAAGAAAGACCCACAAGAAUCCAUCAUGAGUCUCAUGAAGAAUAUGUAUGAAACUGGUGAUGAUGAUAUGAAGAGAAUGAUAUCCAAGGCUUGGUAUGAAGGCCAACAUAAGAAGAAAACAGACACAUUGGACCUGUAAACUGUUUCCAACUGUAUUUAAAUGUAAUUGUAUUUAGAGCAGUGGUUCUCAAUGUCAUAUACUAUGAAACUGUAAUGUACUACCACAUGUCUCUGCUUUUUUGGUUUUACAGAUUACCCUUUACUUUAUAAUUUAAAUUAUUUACUUUAGAUUAUAAUUUAAAACUGAUCAAGUACAUGAUUAAUCAUGUACUUGAUCAGUUUUAAAUUAUUACUACCUUUUAUUAUAAAUAAUGGAGUUUAGUAUGAGUUAAAUUUGACACUGAAAUUAUAGACCACUGCUCUCUGAGUAUUAAAUAUUCUAAGAUAACAUGCAUGGUUUUUUUUUAGUAAUGUCACUGUAAAGCAUUUUAUUUAAAGACAAAUGAGUUGUAGCCAUGUAUGUGUUAUCCAUACCUAGAUUGGUACAGAAUAUUAUUAUGUACUCAGUAUAUUAAAUCAAACUUUAUUUUUAAGUGUAAUAAACCAGUCAGUGUUUUUUUUGUAA